AUGGAAGGGUUCGCAGAGCAAUAUAGCUAUGAUGAUGACGCAUGGCAGAAAAAGUUUAUUAGGGCAACUCCAGAAUUCUUGUACAUUUUCAAAAGCGAUAAGGAUGACAAACCAGAAAAAACUUACAAUAUUGUUGGCAGCCGAGCUAAAAAACUGAAAAGAACUCAAUUUAACAAAGAGAAUGUUUUCAAACUCGAAAUAGGCGUUAUUAAAUUAGUAUUUUCUGUAUCAGAUGAUGAAGUCAGAAAGAGUUUCAUUCAUUAUUUCCGCAAUUCCACAAAAAGAGUCUCAUUAAUCGCAAGCAAAGUUAAAAGAAUUUCUCUUUCUCAACCAAAACGUGAAUCAUUAGCAGUUCUAUCAAGAACUGACUUAAUGGCCGAAAAUUUCAAUCUCGAAGAAUACGUAAAGAGCUAUGACUUCGCUCUCGAAAACAAAGAUACACAAAAUGGACAACUAAACUACGCAAAACUUUGCGCAAAAUUCCUUUCAAUAUCUCAUCAACAGAUUGAAUCUGCAAUAAAGCAAGGAACAGAUGUUAAAAGCAUCGAAGGUCUUACAAUCCAGGAAAUAUGCCAGCUUGAACGUCCAAUGGCAGAGAAAAGAAUAUCCUCUCUCGCUUGGAUUGCUUCUCAACAAAUUGAGUAUUUAUAUGUUCCUCUUCUUUCUUUGUUCACAACAAGAGGAAGGACAUUUCUUGUUUCAGUUGACAUGUUCCAUCCAAGAACUAAAUUGAGUGCUGGAAGUAAUAUCAAACUUUUACAUUUAAAGAUGCAACUUGGAAUUACAGAUGAUAUCCUUCAGAGAUUUAACAUCUGCGAAGAUAAGAAAGGUCGUCUUUGGAUUUUAGAUGCUUCUUCGCUCUAUGAUAUGUAUGAAUCAGAUGAUACAAUUUCAAACUUUUCCAAGGAAUUGGAUAACAUGGAAUAUUUCAUUUACGAUUCUGUUACACUCAAUGCACAACUUAAAAGAAUGCACAUUUUAACACAACAUCUUCCAAAAAUCGCAAAUCAAUUAACAAAUCCAAUGAUAAAGAAAGUUAUCGAGACAGAAAUGAUAGCAAGAUUAUGCAUGAACAUCUUCAAUUCUUCGUAUGAUCAAUCAAAAGACUGGAAAGCUCAGAUUGUUGACUUAUUUAACAAAGUAUUACUUGAUGAAACAACAUAUUGGAAUAGUACACUUGCACAAAACAUGCUUGACACGUUUAGCUACACAAUUCCUCCAAAAGUUACGAUUCCAAGAUUUGAAUUAUUUAUUGCUUUGCAAAACACUCUUGGUGUUGACUUUUCUGAAUCAAAGGAUUACAAAUUUGAUACACCACUCGAUGAAUCACAAAUUAUGUUCGAGCAAGUUGUUCCAAAUCAUCAAUUACUUGAACUUUGUUAUUCAGUUCGCCCAAUCAACAAAAAUGAGUUCAGUUUAUUCUGCGACAUGAAAUAUGAAGAAUGCUGUGCAUCUUUGAACGAAAGAACCUCAGUCAUACAAACUUUGUACGGAGAACAGAAUCCGAUGAUCUCCACAAUCAUGGGAAUUCUCACAAUUUGCUAUUGCUUUGCAGGAAAUCUAAAAUUUGCAAAGCUUUGUUUCGAGACAUGCAAAUCAACACAUCGUGAGAUCAGUCCAAUCAUUGGCUUGGCAACAGUUUCUCUGGAGAACUAUGAUCAAGGAGCCCAUCUCAUUUCUUAUUGUCUUGGUGAGAAUCAUUGGUUUGAAGGAUUGUUUUAUCAUUCUGCAACGAUUAUUGAAUACAGAGCAGGAAAUUAUGAUCAUUCACUUCAACUGACAACUCAAGCAAAGAACUUUUACGGAUCAUUUAAUAAGUUAUCCACAUCUUUGCAGUUUUUAGUUGGAAAGAUAUUACUUGCUCAAGGAAAAUUGAAAGAACUUAAGACAUUUGUUGAAUCAGAAAUGAAAGAUACUCCUUUCAAAUAUUUGCUUCAAUCACAAAUUUUAUACAAUGACAAAUUCUAUGAAGAAUCUCUUAAUUUGGCAAAACAAGCCUACCAGAAGUUUUGUUAUUAUUCAGAUGAAUUCAUUGCCUACGAGAAUAUCCAAAUUCUUGCAAAUAAUUUUGAUGUUUUAUGCGAUUUUGAUAAUGCAUUUGUUUUCUACAACAUAUUAUUUACAAGAGAUUUCUCUGGAGAAAAUGAAAACAAAUCUCCUUCGUGUCGCAUCAUUGCAAAGAAUAUCAUUAGAUUAUUCUUUAAGUCAAUGGCAAUCAACAAUGCUAACCAAGUUGCUUCAAUAAGACAACAAGCAUUAAAUGAAGAAUUCCCUGGUACUGACAAACUUCUUGAUGAAAUUUGUGCAAACGGACCAGUUGAAUAUCUUAAAUCUGCAAAGCCAGACGCCUAUCCAAAGAUCUACAAACUCAUUCUCUAA